AUGUAUAAUAAUGGAUUUUACUUAUCUACAUUAAAAUUUGUUAGUAAAGAUAUUGUACCUGAAUUUCAUCCAAAUUCUGGUGUAAAAACGCAGUUAUCUUAUGGGAAAAAGUUAUAUGAUAUUAUUUUAAAAGGGAGAUUUGAUAUUGAAGACUUCAAGAAUUCUUGGAUUACUGGAAGUGACAAUGUUAUCAUGCAGUGCAAAUUAUCAGAAUUAAUGAAAUCGAUUGUUAAGAAACCUAUUCUGCCAUAUGUUAAAACUUUAACUUUAGAGAUGGUUGUAAACGAUCAUAAUGAUGAUGUAGAGGUUCCAUAUGUUAGACUUGUUACUAGCUCUAAAACAAUAAAUAAUAUACAAAUUACAGAAUCAUCAGAAAGAUGA